UUCAUUGCUGCUGUAAAUCUAUGCCUGAGUUCAACAACCUCGUGACGUUGUCUUUUGAGAGCCACGAGGAACGUGAUUGGCAAGUAUUGCCACUUCUGCUCCAGAAAUCUCCAAACCUAGAAACUCUAGUCGUUAAGGGUCUUGUGCACAAGAUUACAAAAGGAUGUGGGGAUGUAUGCGCUUGCAAACGUGUGAGGAAGAAGAGGAAGAAGAAAAUUAGUUGUUUAUUGUCGUGUGGAGUGAAGGUGCUAAAGGUUUAUGGGUAUGGAGGAAGUUGUAGAGAAUUGAAACAGAUGAGACAUUUCAUGGAGAAUUUGAGGUGUCUUGAAGUUGUGAAGGUUAAGGUUGAAGUUGAUAAGCAAGAUAAAAAGUACACCGAUGGCCUAAUGAAGCUCCUCCAGACAGCAGCUUCAAAAUGCAAGAUACAAUUCAUUUGAGUUGACUGUUUCAUUCAUUCACAUAUGAUAUGUGUGUCUUCUUUUUCUUUGGAUAUCCUCUCAUUCUUCUACUUUGAUGAAAGAUUUUAAUUAUUGUUACAAGGCAAUGCUUUUUUGAUAA